AUGACAACAAAGUUGCGCGAUCCUUUCGCUGCACGCGCUGUUAAACAUGAUUUGUCGAGACAGCUAAGGUACAGUAAUAGCCAGACAAAUUUACUUGUGCCUCUCGGACGCAUGGAAAGGCCAGAUCCCACUUCUGAGGCGUGGACUAGAAAACACGAGCAAGAAAAACAAAGGGCAACAUAG